ACAAUCAGUGUACAGACCUUACCAGUUCCUAGUCCAGUAACCAGCCUCUCAGUAUCAAUGAGUCACUAUGUAACAUGCAGUACUGACAACACACCAUCUAGCUGUAUCUAUACUACAUCUUCUGCUAACUGGUUAACAUCUAGCUCUAUUUCUAUUGUAUCUUCUUCUUGCUUAUCAACAAAUGCUACAACACAAGAUUUAUCAGCAUCAAUUGUGAGCCUUAUCAUCAUUUGUGUGAUUCUUUUUGUUGCUUUGGUAAGUUGCUGUGUGGUUAAUGGCCUCCUGUUACUGUACAUUAAAAGGAUUAAAGAUAAAAAGUAUGACGUUAUUGUUCGAAGAUUCUCAGGGAGACAAAGAUUUGUAUCUAAUGAUGGGACCAUUAAAUUGAAAUCCUGCGAGUCUUAUGGUUAUAAUAUUGAGAGAGAGUCGCAUGAAAAUAAUAAUAAUGAUGAUGACAAUGAUGAUGGAGUUUAUGCUGAGCCUGCCAUUUAUGAAGAGUGCAGAUCAGAUGUUGAUUAUAAAAUUUACUAUUGAAACUGUUUUGUGUGUUAGGUAGAUGUGUAUAUGCUAUGUUAAGAGACUAUGUCUUCUUUUUAUUAAGCAAAAAUAAUUAAA